AUGUCGGAUGGGCCGAAGUUCGAUGCAGACGUCCUCGUGAUCGGAGCCGGGCUCGCUGGGCUAACCGCCGCGAGGGUGCUGCACGCUUACGGGGGCCGAGCUUUGGUACUUGAGGCGCGGGAACGCCUCGGGGGUCGGGCGGCCACUAGCGAGCUGACAGGAGGAAAGGGACGCCCGGAUCUCAGCCCGGCACCCGUGGAGGAAGGCUGUAACUAUCUCCACGGCUGCAGCGAGGACCAUCCACUCUUUCUGCUUGCGGCUCGUCUAGGCAUCCCCACCGCCGUGGCGGCGGGGGAUUUAGGCUGUCAGUACACCGGCUGGGAAUCUGCGGAAAUCGCCGAGUGGCGGGACGCGGAUCGAGGCGGCGAGCGGAUCCCCGUGGAAGAAGUCGUGGACGCAGCGCUCCUGUCCCCCGGGCUGCAGCUUCAGCAGGUAACCUACGGUGUGGCUUUCCUGGCAUCAGGCAAGCCGCCGGAAGAGCAAUCAGAAGAGGCCACUUGCUUCGUGAGUGCCUUUCCGCUUUUGGUUGACAAGAGCGGGCAUCGCAGCUCCCCUUCUUUGAAUUCGAGAGAGCGGUCCAUCGUCUACAAGAUCCGAGGUAAGCUUCAGCGGGUGGAGGAUCUGGGAUCCGCUGGACCCACGGCGCCUUUGCAGCAUGGCUUCUGCAGCUUCAUCGAGUGCCUGGUCGGCGGAGUUACCGUCCGCUUGGGCGAUCCGGUCAAGGAGGUAUGGCAAACAGAGUCCAUGGUGAAGAUCACCACGAAGUCUGGCCAGUCUUUCGCCGCGCCCUUCGCCAUCAUCACCGUGCCCUCGGGCGUCCUUGCCGAGCUCCAUCCAGAGAGUUGCAUCCACUUCAAACCUGCGCUGCCGGCAGACAAAGUUGCUGCCAUCAAGAGGCUGUCAAUGCCGAAGCGCGGAGCCACGACGCACGAGAAGGUGGUCCUCCGAUGGCCCGUCUCGGAGCCGUUCGUGUCAGAGGUCUUGGGUGCCCGCGGCGCCGCUUUGCAGUUUGAGACGACCGACCAGAGGUUUCACUUCCUUAAUCUGCACAAAUAUGGCCGGGAAGGCCAACUGCUUUGCCACAUUUGGGGCGACUCGAACUGGGAGGAGCAUGCUGUGCUGAGCGACGAAGAGGUUGUCAUGGAGGUGGUUCGUGGGCUCCGUGCGAUGUUUCCAGCAAAGGCUGCAUCAGACGACAGCGCUCCCGCACAGGACGACGUGCCCUUCCCUCCGCUGUGGAAGGUAACCCGCUGGUCCCUGGAUCCUUUUGCUCUCGGAGCCUACACCGAGUUCCAGGAUCCCAGAGCUAGCGAGGACGACCGCGACAUCUACGCGAGACCCGAAGGCCGCCUCUUAUUUACCGGCGAAGGUGCUGUUCCGGGCCAUGUGGGCGCGCAGUGCACUCAUGGAGCUGUUUUCGGAGGUGCCUCUGCUGCCAUCGCACUCCUGAGCGAGGGUGUUGGCGCGGCGAAGCGUCAAGCACUGGAAGAGGAGUCCCCUCGUCUCGGGGAGCUCCUUGGCUCUGGACCUAUGGGCCUGGACGUGCCGGUACUCGUGGAGGUCCUGGCCACCGGUCGCUGCAAGGGCCGCAAGCGGCGUGAGCCGCCAGACUGA